GGUUGCGUCGGCUGCAGUCGGCCUCAGUCGUCUGUUCAAGAAGGGGUUAGUGUCACAACCGACCGAGUGUCAAGUGAAAACGUAAACAAGAAUGACUCUCGAGACCAAAAGAGAGGCCAGUUGAAGCAGGAAAGCUGCUCAUAGUGUAGACGUGCUCUGCUCGUCCUACUCUUUUCACUCUUAAUUGGAGAGAGCGACGCAGAGGACUUGACCAUGGCUCCGCAAAAAGGACUGUUUACAUAUGAGACACUUGUUCAUGCUAUAGCUGGUGCCACGGGAAGUGUUGUGGGGAUGACAGUAUUUUAUCCACUGGACACAGUGCGAUCACGCUUGCAAUUGGAAGAAGAUAGAAAAGCCAAAAAUACCUUUGCCGUCAUAAAAGAGCUAGUCGAAGAGGAAGGAUUUGAAACUUUGUAUCGAGGGGCUGUACCAGUUCUUCAGAGCAUCUGUGCUUCAAAUUUCGUCUACUUCUACUCUUUUCAUGGACUUAAAUCUCUUAGUAGUUCAUCAGUUGGCCAGAGUGCUGCAAGGGACCUCUUCCUAGCAUCAGUAGCUGGUGUUAUAAACGUUCUCACCACAACGCCAUUGUGGGUUGUUAAUACAAGGCUAAAGAUGGCAGGCGUUGGUCAGGAAAAACAGGAGAAACCUGCCUAUCGAGGUCUCAUUGAUGGACUCAUCAAAAUUGUGAAAACUGAAGGUGCGGCUCGAUUGUGGAGUGGAACAGGCCCUUCGUUGGUUUUGGUGUCGAAUCCAGCAAUACACUUCAUGGUGUAUGAAACUUUGAAGAGGUACAUCCUGGAUGGUCGCAAAGCCAGUGAGAUUUCCCCACUCACGUUCUUUGCUGUUGGAGCAACUGCUAAAGCUAUUGCAACACUCAUCACCUAUCCACUUCAACUUGUCCAGACGCGGAUGCGCCAUGGUCAUAAAUAUCCUGACUUGAAGGCAGAUGCCAGCAGUUUAGAGCUGACAUCUUAUAUCCUGAGGAAGUACGGCAUAAAGGGAUUGUACAAGGGAAUGGAGGCCAAAGUCCUUCAAACAAUCUUUACUGCUGCUCUCAUGUUCAUGACGUAUGAGCAGAUUGUUGCAUUUGUUUUCAAGCUUCUUCUCCGCAACCAACAGCUUGCUGCUCAAAGAAAAUAAAGUACCUGAAGUACAUUUUGCAAAGUUGAAAAAACUAGCUCAAGCUAGUUUGCUCUUUUAUUUUCACUUUUUUAAAGUCAUUUUUUUUUUUUAAGUUUUUUUACUAUUGGUGAUAGUUUUUGUUUUGUGAUUUGACAAUUUGCAUAUUUUUGUUUUUUUAUUAUUUCCAUGACUUCCUGGCAUUUCCUAUGCCUGUUUUCUAAAAAAAUUUAAGCUAUCAGGGGUGGCUCCAGAAAACAUUCCAGAGGGGACCAGGGACCUACACAUCUUGUCGAGUUUGUUGCCUUCCCGCGCCCUGAGUGAGGAUGUUGGGUCUGAAGGCUGGGCCCCUGGAGCUGGGACUGUUAGCUACGCUAGUCAGUAGAUGCCAAAUUAUUUAAGCGGGUGUCCGCAUGUUUUAAGCUCUAGUUAAUUUUUAUUAACUUUACUUUAGUGAUAUAUGUUGUCGACCAAAAGAGUGCAGCUUUAUAUUCUAUCUGAGGUGCUGAGGUGUUACUCUCUUAGCCCUCUAUUCAACCAUAUAUUAAAUUGACUUCUUUGGUGAUUGGUGUACUCCCUACUUAAUAUUCAUUGGUGGUCGAACGUCUUGGAAAUGUACCAUUCCAAGGCAUUCAUGAAAAAAAAUCAACAAUUAGCGUAAGGCUCAGUGAUGUGAACAAUAAAUGCGAAACAGUA